AUGGCUCUGCCAUGUGGACUAGUCAAACAAUCCCCCGGUUGGAUUGUUUCCCCGGGGAGACUCUGCCAAAUUUUUGGUAGAAAGUCUCGGUCUUUAGUAAGUGGGCCCGGCAUCGGGGUGAUGUCGGAAUUUAGGCGGGGUCCGUCCCGGUUUCCAAGAAGAUUCGGGGCGGGUCCUAUCAUCGGCAGCUCAGCAAGAGAGUAG